AUGAGUGUGUACUAUCUAGUUUUAGCGGUUUUCCUGGUCUUCAUGGCUCUGGUACCGUACAAUUCGGGUCAACAAUACAUCGACGACGACAGUGACAUUGAAGUGGUCCGUUGUCGAAAUGGAUAUGUGCAAUAUCGAGGUUGUGAGACGGGCGCUGAACUAAAUAUUAUCAUCGCUGCCACGUUGAAUGGAGCUGUUACUGCAUUGGAUGGAGACACGGGUGAAUUGCUAUGGAGAUAUCAAGGAGAACCACUUUUGCAAGGAUCGUUGACCACAUCAGAGCCUAUCGAUAUUGGUGGAACCAGUUUGCAAUUGAUGCCAACACUGGAUGGACGAUUGUAUUCCUACACACACAACACAAAUCUCAUCGAACCAAUGGCAAUAACAACUGACUCGCUUCUGGAAUCCACUAUGCGUCUUGGACAAGACGCGGUGGCUGGUGGAAAAAGUGUCACGACGAAAGGAUUCGAUUUGUACACGGGAGAAGUAAAGUACGAGUGUUCGAUGGAGUCGUGUGGCAAUCAAGACGCGGAGCUUCCCGAAAAUCCGGUGCUUUUGGUGAAACGUGUUACAAACUCGAUUCGAGCAAUGGACACGAUGCGUGGGGUGGAGCGGUGGAACUUGUCGACGGCGGAGAUUGAUGUUAGUCUUGCCGGAGGGAUGUCGGUGCCAGCGAUUCCAGCGUCGGAUGUGAAAGUUCUUCUCCAACCGCCUGAUGGAAUUCUGGUAGCUGUCAACAAGCACAAUCGGGAAGAAUGGAAAACCGAUGUGCACGGACAUAUUGUCAGUGUUUGGCAGAUUUCCGGCAACACCAUUGGAGAGAUUUCCAUGUUCGACCCCAGAAACAUCUUCACCACUCAAUUUGAAGUGAUGCAUCGUGAUCAACACAACAUGCAAAGCCACACGUCUCUUCUCUAUAUGGGCACUCACAACCAGUUCCCAUUCAUCAUUCAAAGUCCAAAGGCGAAGAAGAACCUUAAAAAGAAGAUGAGCAUGCUUCAAGAGCCAUCUGGAGUUGCUGAGUUUGCUGGUCCACGUUUCUGUUCUGCCAAUGAUGACACUAGAAGUCUUGCUUACAAUAUCAAACAUGAAACGUUGCGAGCUGUUCUACGGCAAGCAUUUCAAAGUUCACAAAGCAAAGCCAUCGAGGAUAAGAGCCCAUCUGCCGCUAGACCCAAAGAGCUCCAAAUUCUAGCUCAAGACGCUGACAAGCCAGCUCAACAGCUUGGAACUGAAAACAUGAGAUCCACCUCACUCUCACAAUCUGGUGACCAUGGAUACUUGGUUCUAGACACCCCCGCUCCGAAAACUUUCAAACUUCCAUCGCCAGUGACCGCUGUGCAAUCCGUGCUCCGCUAUGUCUUCAAUCCAACAACAAUGCUCGGGUUGUUCACAAGUUUUGUCGGAAUGGCAAUCUCGACAUUUUAUUGGAUCAGAAGACCAUCUCGUUUAAUGAUUUCACCUAGAUCCAGUACGGAUAGUUCUGAGAGCACUACACCGAGCAACAGAACCGCUACUUCGUCAGAAGAAAGAAUUGUGAGAAUCAGUGAUGAUGCAUCAGAUGUCAGUGGAUCUGCUAAGAGUGUUCCUGUUAAGAGAGCCUUGUUGCCUGUCGAAAAAUCGAAUGUCGAUCUUGGAACAUCGCCUCGGGUGCAAAUCCAAAAACGACAAGCCAAAACUGACAUCGACUCAGAAGACAGCCAAUUAUCUAAUGAUGAUAGGAAGCGAUUGCUCAGAAAUCGUACAAUAUCUCGCUCCAGCCAAGAAGGAUUCACCAGCCGUUUUGCCAACGAGUUUGAAGUUAAAAAGGUCAUUGGUUACGGUGGUUUUGGAAUUGUGUUCCGCGCACAAAGUAUCACUGACAUGAACGAAUACGCCGUAAAACGAAUUGCCGUGGCUGAUAAUGACAAGGCUAGAAAUCGAGUUCUCCGCGAAGCACGAGCCCUCGCAAUGUUUGACCAUCCUGGAAUCAUUCGAUAUUUCUAUGCAUGGGAGGAGCGACCGCCAAAAGGGUAUCAGGAUAAGGAGGAUGAAGCGUUUUUGGGGAAAAUGAAAGCGGAGAAGCUGGCAAAACUUCACGAAAUUCAAAAUCAGAAAAAGAAACUUUCAAGUCAUGCUCAUCAUGUCAAAUCUGCGGACACUAUGUCGUUUGCAGAGCAUUUUGAAAUGCCACCAGUAGUUGGACAUACUGUAGACACUGAAAACAGUUGGGAUGCUUCGACAAAGCCGCAAGAAUUGGAGGCGAAUCGCUCCACGUCUGAGAGCAAGCGUGGUCUUUAUGGAGAGUCUGACAACACACCAUCAGACAAGCGUACCACGUUUUCGGAUGACGAGGAGGGCCCUUCUACUUCUGCUAACAAGCCAAAGGCCAAGAAGAAUCCUCUCUUUGACUCUGAUUCUGAAGAUGAAGUCACGGAAGACGAGUUUUCGGAAUCAUCAGGUCCUACUAAAAAUAAUAAAAACAUGAAAAAGAAGCGGAUUGUGUUCUCAAACCCCGAUGACGAUUCUGAUGAGGAGAGUUCUUCGUCGUCGUCAUCGUCGUGCAGUGACGUAUCUUUCCAAGAACCAGUCUACUCAUCUUCUGGAGGAAUUGUAUUCGGUGAUGGGUCCAGUGAGGAGAUCAAGGAAGCUCGAAUGGAAAUUGCAGUGAUCGAAGAGCAAUUGUCGAUACAUAACAGAGCAAUGAUCGACGAAACCGAGAACGAAGAGCUGGAAGUCCGUCAGCGCAACGACACUGGUGACUGUGCGUACUUGUACAUUGUGAUGCAGUUGUGUGCCGAGAAGACGCUGGAGGAUUGGAUAAAGAGAAGCAAAACUAUUGAGAGUCGUUCAUUGGUUGUCAUGAAGAGCUGGAUCAAGCAACUGGCUAGUGGUCUGGAGUAUCUUCACGAGAAAGGUUAUAUUCAUCGUGAUCUUAAACCUGGAAACGUCUUCUUUUCAUUGGAUUCCAAACCAGGCCAUCAGAUUCUCAAGAUUGGGGAUCUAGGAUUAGCUACUAAAACCGAUGGCGCUCCAAAAGCAACUCUACGCCAAGACUCGGAUAGCAGCAUCAAGCAUACGAAAAACGUCGGCACACGGUCGUACAUGUCUCCAGAGCAGAUUAACCAUCAGUUGUAUACUGAGAAAGUGGAUAUUUUUGCUCUGGGACUUGUUGCUGCUGAACUCAUCAUUCCAUUUUCAACAGCCAGUGAGAGAAUUCACACAUUUGGCAGUUUCCAGAAAGGAGAGGUUCCAGCAAUAUUGGACAGUUGUCCAGAAUCUCGUGACUUCCUUCUCCAGCUCACAAGUCUCGAUCCAUCAAAUCGUCCAUCAGCAUCUGAACUGGCAAACCAUCCAUUCCUUCAGUAG